AUGGAAGUAAUCACAGAAGGAGUGAACAACAUCAAUAUCUCUGAUUCUACUAAGAAGAAUCGUAUUCACGUCUCCAACUCCAAAAAACCCAUCUUCUUCUUCGUUAAUCUGGCCAAGAGUUAUAUGAAGCAGUAUAAUGAGGUUGAGCUUUCAGCACUAGGAUCGGCUAUUGCCUCAGUGGUUUCUGUUGCAGAAAUUCUGAAACACAACGGACUUGCUGUGGAAAAAAAAAUCAGAACAUCAACAGUUGUCCUAGGUAAUCCCAGAGGUAGAGCUGUGCAAAAGGCCAGGAUUGAAAUAGUACUCGAGAAGACUGCAAACUUUGACGAGUUGAUGGCUGCUGCUGCAGCAGCUGCUGGAAAUGGUGAAAAUGGAGAUAAUGAAGAGCACACCACUGCUGCUCCUGCAGCAGCUGCUGAAAAUGGUGAAAAUGGAGAUAAUGAAGAGCACGCUGCAGCUGCUGCUGCGGCAACUGCUGGAAAUGGUGAAAAUGGAGAUAAUGAAGAGCAUGCCGCGGCAGCUGCUGAAAAUGGUAAAAAUGGAGAUAAUGAAGAGCACGGCUCGGCAGCUGCUAAAAAUGGAGACAAUGAAGAGCAGGCCGCAUGA